AUGACCAGUGCUAACACGAUCCAGCGGGAGGCCGUCUUCCCAACCCGACAGGCCUUGGGCCAAAUGAACAGUAAGCUGAAGGGCGCUCAGACAGGCCACAGCUUGCUCAAGAGGAAGAGUGAGGCUUUGACGAAGCGGUUUAGAGAAAUUCUCAAGCGAAUUGAUGAAGCGAAAAGAAAGAUGGGCAGAGUGAUGCAGAUUGCUUCAUUCUCGCUCGCGGAGGUCAGCUACGCCGUCGGCGGAGACAUUGGCUAUCAAAUCCAAGAGUCUGUCAAGAAUGCACGCUUCAGGAUUAAGACCAAACAAGAGAAUGUUUCUGGCGUUUUCCUGCCUCAGUUCGAAGGCUUCACAAAAGACGAGAUCAAUGACUUUGGCUUGACCGGCCUUGGAAAAGGUGGUCAGCAAGUCCAGCGGUGCCGAGAAACAUACACUAGGGCCGUCGAAGCACUAGUCGAGCUCGCAAGUCUGCAGACAGCCUUUGUUAUUCUGGAUGAAGUUAUCAAGGUGGUUAAUAGGCGAGUUAACGCUAUUGAACAUGUUAUCAUCCCACGAACUGAGAACACUAUCAAGUAUAUCAACUCCGAACUCGACGAGCUUGACCGUGAAGAGUUCUACAGAUUGAAGAAGGUUUCCAACAAGAAACAGCGAGACCAAGCAGCCGCGGAUAAGGAGAUUCUUGCACAGAGAGAGAAAAAUAAAAACGCAGCAGCGACAUCGGAGAAUCAGGAGGCCGCAGAUGUGCUGGGUGAGCAUGAAGAUGACGAUGUUAUCUUUUAA